GUAGGCCCCGGGGGAUGGCCCCCCCCACUCUCAGAGGUCCCGCUGUGGGCCGCACCGCGGGGCUCCCACAGCGCCUCGGCCCCCGGAGGGAGCCCGCGGACGAGCCCCCUUGCCCCUGUCUCCCCAGCGUCCUCAGCGGCCGUGGGCUCGGGGGCGCCCCCCGAGGCGGAGCAGGCCUGGCCCCAGAGCAGCGGGGAGGAGGAGCUGCAGCUGCAGCUGGCCCUGGCCAUGAGCAAGGAGGAGGCCGACCAGCCCCCACCCUGUGGCCCCGAGGAUGACGUCCAGCUCCAGCUGGCCCUUAGUUUGAGCCGGGAGGAGCAUGACAAGGAGGAACGCAUCCGUCGGGGCGACGACCUGAGGCUGCAGAUGGCGAUCGAGGAGAGCAAGAGGGAGACGGGGGGCCAGGAGGAGUCAUCUCUCAUGGAUCUGGCUGACGUCUUCACGGCCCCCGCCCCCCCGCCCUCCUCUGAUCCCUGGGGCGGCCCCGUCCUUGCAGCUGUCCCCCCCUCAGACCCCUGGGGGGGGCCCCCAGGACCCCCCGUCCCCCCCUCAGCUGACCCCUGGGGGGGUCCGGCUCCCACCCCUGCAUCUGGGGACCCCUGGAAACCUGCCCCACCUCCUGGCCCUGCAGCCGACCCCUGGGGGGGCCCCCCAGCUCCCCCUGCUGGAGAGGGGGGAGCCCCAGACCCCUGGGGGGGAGCCGAUGGCCCCGGCGGGGCACCAGGCAGCGGCCCAGCCGCCACCACUGACCCGUGGGCACCAGCGCCAGCCUUCUCGGACCCCUGGGGGGGCUCCCCGGCCAAGCCCAGCACCAACGGCACCCCAGUGACCACGGCCUUCGACGCGGAGCCCGACGAGUUCUCCGACUUCGACCGCCUCCGGACCGCGCUGCCCGCCUCGGGCAGCAGCACGGGGGAGCUGGAGCUUCUGGCCGGAGAGGUCCCCGCACGGAGCCCCGGCGCAUUUGACCUCAGUGGGGUGGGGGGCUCCCUGGCAGAAGCCGUGGGGAGCCCCCCCCCAACGGUGCCGCCGGCCCCCACGCCCCCUACUCGGAAGACGCCAGAGUCGUUCCUGGGGCCCAACGCCGCCCUGGUGGACCUGGACUCUCUGGUGACGCGGCCGGGGCCGGCACCCCCAGGGCCCAAGGCCUCCAACCCCUUCCUGCCCACUGGAGCCCCCGGCACCACCACUGGCCCGUCCCUCACCAACCCUUUCCAGCCUCCACCUCCAGCCACACUCACUCUGAACCAGCUACGUCUCAGCCCCGUGCCCCCCGGUCCUGGGGCCCCGCCGGCCUUCAUCUCGCCUCUGGGGGGGGGGCCCGGCCUGCCUCCCAUGAUGCCCCCGGGACCCCCGCCCCCCAACACUAACCCCUUCCUCCUAUAACCGGGUGGGGGGGAGGGGGACGCCCACCUCCUCUCGCCCUCCAGGAGAUCAGUAUUGUGAGUGCAUGUGAAAGGGGGGUCCCCUCCCUCCCCCUCCCCCCAGCCUCAGCCCCACCCCGACCCGGUCACACUACACCCUCUCCCCAGCCCCCUCCUAGAGCUGGAGACGGGAGGGGGCUCGGCGGGCAGGGGGACCCUCUAUCCGGAGGCAUUAGAUGGGGCUGGGGCGCUCGGGCCCCCCUCCCCGACUUCCUCCAGCCUCGAAUCCCUCCCCUCCAAUCAGUGUUGGAGCCCUGAUCUCCCCUCCCCCCAGUGACUGUCCCUGGUGAUCACUCUUCUGACCUCUGUAAUAAAUGACAUUUCUGAUGGGCACAG